ACUACGCACGUGCAGCUACUGCUCAGUGCAGCCUGCUAGCGCGGCCCGGCAAACAUGUCGCACUUACAGAUGAAACUCCUGCGCAAGAAGAUCGAGAAGCGGAACAUCAAGCUGCGGCAGCGAAACCUGAAGCUGCAAGAAGCAUCAAACACGAGCCUAUCCCAACCUUCCAAUGAAGAUGUGCCCAAAGAAGAGGUAAAGGUCAGAAAAGUUAAGAAAGCAAUAAAGCAUGCUGCAAGGGUGGGCUCAGCAGAAGCACAAAGUGGAGGCAUGCCUGAAGAGACAGUGGAAAACUCGAAAGUUGAAAAGUUACCCCAGAAACCUACUGCUUUAACCAAUGGAGAAACAGCAGCAGCGCCAUCUCCUGAUUCAGAAUCAAAAAAGAAAAAGAAGAAAAAGAGGAAAAUGGCAAAUGACGCAGAGCCUGACACCAAAAAAGCAAAAACUGAAGAAAGCACUGUGGCUCUUGAAACAGAAGAUGCUGUGGAGAAGCCAGAUGACAAGGAAGUGCCCAGCCUGCCCCUGGGGCUGAUAGGGGCUUUUGAGGACACUUCGUUUGCUUCCUUGUCUAACCUCGUCAAUGAAAACACUCUGAAGGCUAUAGAGGAAAUGGGCUUCAAGCGCAUGACUGAGAUCCAACAUAAAAGUAUCAGGCCACUUCUGGAAGGCAGGGAUCUUCUAGCAGCUGCUAAAACCGGCAGUGGCAAAACUCUGGCUUUCCUCAUCCCUGUGAUCGAGCUCAUUGUGAAGUUAAAGUUUAUGCCCAGGAAUGGAACAGGAGUCCUGAUUCUCUCUCCUACCAGAGAACUGGCCAUGCAGACCUUUGGUGUUCUUAAGGAACUGAUGACGCACCAUGUUCACACGUACGGGCUGAUCAUGGGUGGCAGCAACAGGUCUGCUGAAGCACAGAAGCUCACCAAUGGCAUCAACAUUGUCGUGGCCACCCCCGGCCGGCUUCUAGACCACAUGCAGAAUACUCCAGGGUUCAUGUACAAGAACCUUCAGUGUCUUGUUAUUGAUGAGGCUGAUCGUAUCUUGGAUGUUGGAUUUGAAGAGGAAUUAAAGCAAAUUAUUAAACUUUUGCCAGUACGCAGGCAAACCAUGCUCUUUUCUGCCACACAAACUUGAAAAGUUGAAGACUUGGCAAGAAUUUCUCUGAAAAAAGAGCCAUUGUAUGUGGGUGUUGAUGAUGAUAAAGAAGUUGCCACAGUGGAUGGACUUGAGCAGGGAUAUGUUGUGUGUCCCUCUGAGAAGAGGUUCCUUCUGCUCUUCACAUUCCUUAAGAAGAACCGGAAGAAGAAAGUGAUGGUCUUCUUUUCGUCGUGUAUGUCUGUGAAGUACCACUACGAGCUACUGAACUACAUCGACCUGCCUGUCUUGGCCAUCCAUGGAAGGCAAAAGCAAAAUAAGCGAACAACCACGUUCUUCCAAUUCUGCAAUGCAGAUUCAGGGAUACUGCUGUGCACAGAUGUGGCAGCCAGAGGGCUGGACAUCCCUGAAGUCGACUGGAUUGUUCAGUAUGACCCUCCCGAUGACCCCAAGGAAUACAUUCAUCGUGUGGGUAGAACGGCUCGGGGCCUGAACGGAAGAGGGCAUGCCCUGCUCAUCCUGCGCCCUGAAGAGUUGGGUUUCCUUCGUUACUUGAAGCAAUCCAAGGUUCCACUGAAUCAGUUCGACUUUUCCUGGUCUAAAGUUUCUGAUAUUCAGUCUCAGCUGGAAAAGCUGAUCGAAAAGAACUAUUUUCUCCAUAAGUCCGCGCAGGAAGCAUACAAGUCCUACAUACGAGCCUACGACUCCCACUCUCUCAAGCAGAUCUUCGAUGUGAACAACUUAAAUUUGCCUCAGGUGGCUCUGUCCUUUGGCUUUAAGGUUCCUCCCUUCGUUGAUCUGAACGUGAGCAGCCAUGAUGGCAAGCUUAAAAAGAGAGGAGGUGGCGGUGGAUUUGGCUACCAGAAAACAAAGAAAGUGGAGAAGUCCAAGAUCUUUAAACACAUCAGCAAGAAGACAGCGGACCGCAGGCAGUUUUCUCACUGACAGGAAUGGCUUUCUACCUGGACUUUGCCCUAAUUUCCCCCUUUCUCUUUAAGAAGGAACUUUUUAAAAUCACCUUUAGGAUUUUUUUGUCUUUACUAUGAAUGAUAAUUUUUAUUUUUAAAUA